GCCAUGGACUACUCCUACCUCAACUCCUACGAUUCCUGCGUGGCCGCGAUGGAGGCGUCGGCGUACGAGUUCAGCCCCUGCAGCCAGGCCGGCUCCUUCCAGUACGGCCCCGUCCGGGGCGGGUUCGGCCCCGCCGCCGCCUGCGCCCCGCUCGGCCCCGGGAGCUGCGCCCUGGGAGCGCUGCGGGACCCUCAACCCGCGCCCUACCCCGCAGUUCCCUACAAGUUCUUCUCGGAGGCGCAGGGGCUGAACGAGAAGCGGAAGCAGCGCCGGAUCCGCACCACCUUCACCAGCUCCCAGCUCAAGGAGCUCGAGCGCGUCUUCGCCGAGACCCAUUAUCCCGACAUCUACACGCGCGAGGAGCUGGCGCUCAAGAUCGACCUCACCGAGGCCCGGGUGCAGGUGUGGUUCCAGAACCGCCGCGCCAAGUUCCGCAAGCAGGAGCGAGCUGCGAGCGCCAAGGGCGGCGGCGGCGGCGGCGGCGGAGGCGGCGGGAAGAAGCCGGAGCCCCGCUCCUCCUCGGAGGACGAUGACUCGAAGGAGUCGACGUGCAGCCCCACGCCGGACAGCACCGCGUCCCUGCCCGCCUCCGCCAGCCCCGGCGGCGCGCUCAGCCCCGGCCCCGCCGCGGGGCCCCCGCACAGCCUCAAGGCGCCCGCAUGGGCCGCGGUGGGCGCGGGCGGCGGCGCGGAGCUGCUGAAGGGGUGGCAGCAGCAGCCGGAGCCCGCGCCCGGGCCCUUCUCCGGCGUCCUCGGCCCCUUCCAUCGGAAGCCCAACGCCCUCAAGACAAACCUGUUCUGA